CUGAUGGGAACUGCUAGGAGGCACUGAUGGGCACUGACUGGCGGCACUGACGGGUGGUACUGAUGGGCGGCACAGAUGGAUGGCACUGCUGGGCAGCACUGAUGGGUGGCACUGCUGGGCACUAAUGGGUGGCACUGCUGGGCACUGGUUGGUGGCACUGCUGGGCACCACUGCUGAGCACUUUUGGGGCUGCACUGAUAAUCAGGGCACAGCGAGAGGAAAAUGCUGGCAAUAACUGCCAACUGUAUUUACUUUGUGAUCAACUGUGUCAUUGGACACAGCUGAUCA